ACCCCUUUCCCUCUUUGCUCUCCAAUUCAAAACCCCCAAAUUCCAAUCUCCAAUUCAAACCUCUCCGAAUCUCAACAACUUCAUCCCUCAAUUCGCUUCUGAAACCCUAGAUUCCCAAUCUGCAUCAAAGCCCCAGCCAUGGCCUCACGAAAGCGCCAACCGGAGGGCAUCGCGCUGCUCUCCAUGUACGACGACGAAGAGGACGACGACGACAUGGACGAAGCUGAAGAACACGGAAAACAAGAACAAGAAGAAGAAGACGAAGAAGACCGCCGCGGAGAGAGAGAAGAGCGGGAUCAACACGGCGACGCCUCCAUGCCGGAUGCGGUUGAUUCCAAUAAUGCGACGAGCGGUGUGGAUGAUGAGAGCUCGGGGCAGUUUCGCCGCUCCGCGUCGCAGCAGCAGCUCUCUCAGAGGCCGGGAUCGCCGGAACAGGCGGCGGCGGUGGAGAGGUCGAGGAGGAGAGGGACGCUUGUGGACUAUGGGCAUGAUGAAGCUGCUAUGUCUCCAGAGCCUGAGGAGGGUGAAAUCGACAGAAGCGGUGGCGUUUUGCCUACAAAUGGUGAUUCACAGGGUAAGACGCCUCAGUUGAGCGAUCAAGCCACUCCUCGAGUAUCUGAGCCAUCGCACUCUGAUGCGAUGAAUGAGAAUAUAAUUGAAUCAGAGGGUAGAAAUGCUGAAGAGACUGUUGGCGAAGAUCAGAAAGGUGUUGAUCCAUUGGAUAAGUUUCUUCCACCACCAUCGAAGAUCAAGUGCUCAGAGGACCUACAAAGAAAGAUUCAAAGGUUUCUUGAAUUAAAGAGGGCAGGGAAAAGCUUUAAUGAAGAAGUGCGGAAAAAGAAGGACUAUAGGAACCCAGACUUUCUAUUGCAUGCAGUGCGGUUUCAAGAUAUCGAUCAGAUAGGUUCAUGCUUCAGUAAAGAUGUAUUUGACCCUCAUGGAUUUGACAAAAGCGACUACUAUGAUGAAAUAGAGGCUGAUUCUAGACGUGAGCUGGAGAGGAUCAAUCAAGAAAAAAAGAACCGUCAGAAUGUUGAUUUUGCUUCUGGUGGAAGACUAACACCAAUAGUUGGUGUUGCGCCUACACCUAACGCACCCCUUCCAGGUAUAACUGUGCCUGCUACUGGGUUGAGCUCCUUACCACGUGCUGCCGAUAUCAUCCCUCGGGAUGGUAGACAGAAUAAGAAGUCGAAGUGGGAUAAGAUAGAUGGGACUCAGGCAACACUGUUAUCUUCUGCUAAUGCUGGUGGAUACACUUUGGGGCAGCAGAAACGGAGAGAGGUGGAGGAGAAGAGAUCUGGUGAGAAGAAGUUGGACAGAAGAUCAUGAGCCAUUGUAAUUCUUCUUGGUAGAUCACAUAUACGACCACAUCAACUUUUGAAAUGGAUAAUAUGGUCCCAGGCGAGUUUGGCGACGUAGUUCUUUUCUUAAAACAUUUAGAGCAGUACGGUGGGUCUUGUAACUUCUUUAUCAAUUGUACAUGUAUAUGACCAGAAUGGAAUCAUUCGAUAGCUGUUACAUAUUGAGGGAGAUCAAGCGGUUCAAUCAGAUUUACUAAUCAAGUUGCUGGAGUUAUUUGCUGCUUAUAUUGCAGAGAAUUGAGGAGCAUUUUCUAUGUGCAUAUUCAUUACACCAAAAUGCUUAUACUAAGUUUGACCAGCUCUUAAUUCAAUUCAUUUGUGCAA